GGCGGAUCCAGGGGCGGGGCCGCGGGCUCCCCUCACACGAGCCCGGGAUCCUCUCCUCACACACGCGGGCUCAGAUCGGGGCAGCACGGGCAGCCUUCGCAGCAGCGGCCUAGUGUCUGACGUUGCUGAGGGCUGGAAACCCUCAGCCCUCCUUUGCAGCCUCUCUCGCAGGCUGCCCAGGGAUGGAGUCCCUCCCCGAGGCAGUCCUGAUCCGAAUCCUGGCCUCCAUACCUGCCGUGGAUCUGGUGCUGGUGUGCCGCCUGGUCUGCUGCCAGUGGAGGAACCUGGUGGAUGGAGCUGAGCUUUGGAUGCUGAAGUGUCAGCAGGAAGGCCUCACCAGAGCAGAGGCAGAGGCAGAGAACUGGCAGAAUUUCUACUUCCUGAGCAAGAAAAGGAAGAACCUCAUCAAGAACCCUUGUGGCGAAGAAGACUUGGAGCACUGGGGAGAGGUAGAGAAUGGAGGUGAUGGCUGGAAAGUUGAAGAGCUCCCAGGGGACUUUGGAAAAGAAUUUCCUAGUGAAGAAGUCCAUAAAUACUUUGUUACAUCUUAUGAGUGGUGCCGAAAGGCUCAGGUCAUUGACCUCAGGGCUGAGGGCUACUGGGAAGAGCUGAUGGAUACAACCCAGCCUAAAAUCAUGGUAAGAGACUGGUAUGCAGGACGCAGCGAUGCUGGCUGCCUCUACGAGCUGUGCGUGCAGCUGCUCUCUGAGAAUGAGGAUGUGCUGGCUGAGUACAAAAGUGACACUGUCACCAUCCCACAGGACAAUGAUGCCAGCUGGACUGAGAUCUCCCACACCUUUUCCAGCUACGGGCCUGGGGUCCGCUUUGUGCGCUUCGAACACGGUGGGCAGGACACGCUGUUCUGGAAGGGGUGGUACGGGGUGCGUGUCACCAACAGCAGUGUGACACUGGAGCCAUAGCUGUGCUCAACCAGGGUCUGCAUGCUGCAGCUGCCUUCCCUCAGGGCAUCCCCUGCCUUUGGAUGGUUUCUGCAUGGUGCUGCUGCUGGCUGUAAAGCCUUUCUGCAUAGGAGCGUGCGUGCAAGAUGCCAGGAGCCACCACCCCUCCCUCCUCAAGAGGACUGUGCAAAGAAUGUGAAUGGAUUUGUGAAUGCACCACAAGACUCAGCCUCAGCGCUUGCACUGAUGUUCUCCAGCAGACAGAUCACCUAGAAAUCCUGCAGCCCUCCUCUCUUCCUAACCCCUGGCACCCAGCCUGAGUCAGAUCUCUCUCCUGCCCGCUUCCCAGACCUGGGCACUCCUUAAAACUUGAAGGGACACUUUAAGUAUAUUUUCUGGAAGCUAGAGUGGGAAGAAAAGAAUAAAGAAAACCACAGACCCAGUGUCUCAAAACAUACCAGGGAAACCCAGAGCCCUGUCCCCAACUGUUUCCAUGACCUGCAGUGAGAACCUUGGCUUCUCCCACUUAUAAAGAGAGUUUACCACAGAGGGGCUGUAGCUUGGCUGUCAGUGCUAUUUGUUUAAUUUUUAGUGAUAAUGCAAAGCAAGAGAGGUUGAAUCCUUUUUCUCUUACACUGUUCCCAGCAUCCAUUUAUCAAGGAAAUUGUUGGGAAGAGAAACCUGUCUGGUGUCCUGGGACUUUGUCUCCCUCAGAUGGCAUCUGAGAGUAAUUGCUGGGGGAGAGAGAGGAAGAGAUAACAGAUUAGGGAAGUGGGUUAGAAAAAAUUGGGGAUAGGGUCCAGGAACAAAUGAAAACAAACUCAAUUUACCCCUUCCUGGCCUGUGCAUGCUUCAUGCAAAAAGCAUCCUGGCCAUCCAGUGUGACUCUGCUAGCAGGACACAGCUGUUGGCCUCGUUGCACUUCUACUGACUGUGUCUGCAGGAAUUACACAUCUGCCUCUGCCAAGACAGCACUUGAGUCUUCUACUUGUGCUUCUUGUUAUCAGUCAGGGCUGUGAGCCCAUCCUGAACAGACCCCUAAGCUUUCCUGAACCAAGACUGUCCCUGCCUAGUUAUUCCAUUCAGAACAGCAUCCCCUAACAGAGCUGGUGUUGCCUAGAGAAAGUAUUUAUAUUUCUGUAUCCAUCUGUCUGUCUUCCCUCCCUGGGCUGCCAUUUAAGUGCCCCCUUACACAUGCAGUGACUGCAACUGCCUGGAGCCAAAGGAAAGAUUUUCCCACCUGGACACUGUGCAUGCUUCCUCAGGCUUCCUGCACAGCUACACCCAAGUGCCACACACACCCCAGGGUCCAGGCAAACACAAUAAAGUGACACAACUGUGUGGAUUUCCUCUUGUCUACAGGGUAUUCGCCCCCUGUGCUCAAGCAUUUGUCCUCUGGUUACGUGGAUCAUGUCAGCCAGUUCUCUCCAGAAGCAGGAGUCACUGCGCUGUGACACCAAGGGUGUCCCUGGGAGAGGUGCAGGCUCUGUUCCCCAGCA